AUGAAGACAGUUGCCAAGUCUGUACAAAGGUACGUGUAUUGUAUAUUGAUGCAAUUGGAGACGUGCUCACCAUCUCAACAUGGCCAUGUCGUUUCUCGAUCUGUUGUAGUCCAACAAGCCCUCGAUGGAGCCAGUGCCGGCAAUCACAAUGUCCUUGUCCCACAAGGCCACGUUGGCCCAGGCCUUGACGUCGGAAGUCGACACAGCGUCUACAGCAUCCAAAGCUUGGCUGAUGGAUGCUCUGUAGCCGGUCAACAACACCUUAGAGGCAAUGUCGUUGACAAUGGCCACUGGAGAGUCCAAAGCAGCCAACAAGGAGGUCUUGACAGCAGCCUUGGCACGAGCAACCUCGGCGUCGGUCACAGACACAGACAAACGGUUCCACUCCUUCAAAGUGAAGUGCACAAAGUCGUCAAUCUGCUCAAGGUUGGAGAUCUCGGCGUUGAAACCCCACAAACCGGUGUCGGAGUAAGAGGUGGAGAAGUGCGAGUACUUGUCGACAAUGUGGUAGUCCUGGACGAUGGAGGCCAACUUUGGCGACGUGUACUUGGCAGUAGCGGCGUUGUGGUCAAACAGACCAAACACGGCGGCUGCAACCUUGGCCACGUAGUAAGCAGGCGAAGACACAGCCUCACCUUGUGCAGCAAUGGCCACGUACGCCUUUGGGUUGGUGUCGUCGCGCAUUCUGACCUCGGAACCCAAGAAGGCGGCUGGUUGAGCCACAGGCUUGAGGCCCUGGGCCACCUUCAACUCCUUCUCCAAAGCGUCAACCAAAGCAUCGUGGUCAAAGUUACCGGAGGCGGCAACAACGGUGUUGGAGGCCACCACCUGCUUUUCCAAGAAGCGCUGGGCGUCUUGCAACUCCAAGUCGGCGAUGGACUCGGGCGUACCGAACAAGGGCAAGCCCAAAGAGUAGCCCUGGAACGCAGACGCAUUCAAGUGCUCCAAGACCAUGCGCGAAGGCGAGGCCUCCAAGGCACGGGCCUUGACGAUCUGGGCGUUUUUGGCAGCGGCAAAGUCUGCCUUUUCAAGCUUGGCGCUGCUGUUGCUCACAGCCUUAGCCACGGCAGCGGCAGCGGCAGCCACGUCGCCGUUGGUGGAUUGCGCAAUGACACCAGAGGUUUCUCUGGCAGCGUGCGACGAAAGAAGCGCGCCGUUGUCAAGCCCCUGGCCCAAAACGGCAGUGGACAAGGCGGCUACACCAUUGUUGUAGGGGUUUUCGGCGCGAGAACCGGCACCAAAGAAAACACCCACGGCGGCGGAAGGAGCGUGGGGGUUGAUUUCAGAGGCCACAGUGACGCCAUUGGACAAAGUUGUGAACUUUGUGGCGGCGUUGGCAGUGCUGACAAAACGGCGGAAUCCACGAAGCAUGGGAAGAAGAGUGGUAGUGGGAAGAGAGAUUGA